CUAAACGUAAGCAACCCAAUUGACUUAAGAAUCUUUACCUCUCUCAAAUCUUUGCUGAACCUUGACCUUUCCGGUAAUAAUAUAUUGGCGGCAAGCCUAAGCUCAGAUUCUGAUAUUCCACCAAAAUUAUACCGGUUGAUGUUGAAGAGCUGCAACAUCAGCGAGUUCCCAAAGUUUCUAAAGACCCUACAGAAUCUAGGGCGUUUAGACCUUUCCAACAAUAGAAUUAAAGGGAAAGUUCCAGAGUGGUUAUGGAGUCUUCCCAGAUUGAGCAUAGUUAAUCUUUCAAACAAUUCCUUUAACGGAUUUGAAGGUUCCGCAGACAUUCUCCGUAACUCAUCAGUUACAAUGUUAGAUUUUAGUUUAAACGCCUUCACAGGAUCACUCCCUGUUCCACCACUCUUGAUCAACCUCUUUUCUGCAUGGAACAAUAGUUUCACAGGGAACAUACCUCUUUCAACUUGCAACCGAAGCUCUCUCAAUGUUCUUGAUCUAUCCUACAACAACUUCAGCGGCUCAAUUCCUCAAUGCCUGAGUAAGUUAACAACAGUCAAUCUCCGGAAGAACAACUUGCAAGGAACUAUUCCUGACAUAUUUGAUAGCAAUUCUCUGCUACAAACACUUGAUGUUGGGUACAAUCAAAUAAACGGCAAGCUUCCAAGGUCUCUUGUGAAUUGUUCUUUUCUAAAGUUUCUGAAUGUGGAGCACAACAAAAUAAAAGACUUGUUUCCAUUCUCGCUCAAGGUUUUGCCGGAUUUGGAAGUCAUUUCUCUCCGUUCAAACAGAUUUUAUGGUCCUAUAUCUCCUACUCAAGGACCUUUAGGAUUUCCUGAGCUACGGAUACUUGAAAUAUCAGAUAAUAACUUUACCGGAAGUUUGUCACCAGAUUACUUUGUAAAUUGGAGUGCAUCAUCAAACAAGAUAUAUGGAGAUGGGUGGAUGUAUAUGGGAGACUAUGAGAAUGCUCUAUAUCAGUAUUUUUAUACUUUAGACUUGCAAAACAAAGGUCUAUAUAUGGAGCAUGAAAAGGUACUUACUUUCUAUGCUGCCAUUGAUUUCUCUGCAAACAGACUUGGUGGACAGAUCCCAGAUUCUAUUGGUCUCUUGACGGAACUCAUUGCACUCAACUUAUCCAACAACUUAUUCACCGGCCAAAUUCCGCUGCCUUUUGCCAAUGUUACUGAACUCGAGUCACUAGACCUGUCCCGAAACAAACUCUCGGGUAAAAUCCCUCAAGAACUCGGGACCCUCUCGUUUCUGGCGUACAUAAAUGUCUCUCAUAACCAACUCAUGGGUGAAAUACCAAAAGGCACACAGAUUAGUGGGCAACCUAUAUCUUCCUUUGCAGGGAAUGCAGGACUUUGUGGUCUUCCUCUCCAGGAAACUUGCUUUGCCUCUAGUGCGCCCCCAACACAACAAGAAAAACACGAAGAUGACGAAGAGGAAGAAGAAGUGUUGAGCUGGAAAGCAGUAGCAACAGGGUAUGGGCCUGGACUUUUGUUUGGAUUGGCAAUUGGACAUGUUCUUGCUUUAUACAAGCCGGAGUGGCUCGUCAAGAUAAUUGGUUCGGAGAAGUGCAUAUACCAUUAGAGUUGUUUCUUUCUUGCGUUUGAUUCUUGGAUCCUCUGUCAUAUAGUUCAUGUGUUUGUAAUCAAGCAUCAUAUGUAUUAAAGGACAUUCUCUUCACCAGCUUUUC